AUGAAAGCAAUUUAUCUUUCAGUAUUCAUAAUAAUAGCAUUUACUAGUUGUGUUUAUUCACAUUGGAUUCCACGUAAUAUAAAUGCUUGUUAUAAACUUUAUGAAUAUAUUAAUUCAAUUUAUUCAGAUAAACAAUUUCUUAGUUAUUCAGAUGUAAAAGCUUGUUAUGAGUCGACUCCAUAUAAUGAAACAAAUGCAAUUAAGUACGAUCUUGAGAAUCUUAUUGGAGAAUUAAGAGAUGGACACACUUGGAUCUAUUCUGGUAAUUAUCAUAAGUAUACUUUUCAUCAAGAAGGAUUCUCCAUGUAUUCUGUAAUUAAUAAAGAUGACAUACAGCAAAUCAAAGUAUUUAAUGAUAUAAAUGAUCCUAGUAUUAUCGAUUGUCAAGUUGUAGAUAUAGAUGGCAGACCAGCUAUUGAUGUGAUUACAGAAUAUGCAAGCAAUUACACAUAUUAUUCAAGAGAUUUAAAUGCUCGAUUUAAUUCAGCUCUUGCAUCUCUUACAUUUGGAUAUGGAGAUUUUUACAUAGGAAGACAAUUAUUUACAUCUCGAACUCAAUUACCAAAAAAUCCAAGUAUUUCUUACACACUUAAUUGUGAUAAUAAAAUCUCUAAUAUCACACGAGAAUGGCAGGUUCCUAUUAAUAAUAAUGCUAAGUUAAUUACGCAAUAUAAAUCUCCGUACAUUAAUGGAACUUCAGUUGGCAAAGCAAAUUUGAUCUUUGAUGCAUUCAUUGCCAGAUUUUAUAUAUUACAAGAUUUUGGUGUGGUCUUAAUUUCAACAGAGUCUAUAAUAGAUGAUAACUCUGAGCUUAAAUAUCGUUUUUUAUCUGAUAUAGCUAUUGGAUUUAAAUUACUUGCGGAUAAAGGUAUAGAAAAGAUUGUUUUGGAUUUAAGUAAUAAUUAUGGUGGAGAUGUCUUUGUUGCACAUUAUAUCAAUAAACUCUUAUUUCCUAACAUACAAAGUUUUCCGGUAGAUCAGAAAAUUAAUAACGUUUCUACACAAAUUAUAAAAAAAAUUUCAGAACUUGAAACAAGAAUCGGAGAUAUAUUCCAUUAUAAAUCAUAUAUUUCUACAAGCACAAACUCUUCAUUCAAUAGCAUAAAAGAUUUUAUUGGAAACAAUUUAGAUACUCGUGUUACUUCAAAAGCUUUCUUUAAUUAUACAACAAUUUACUAUGGAACUUUAGAACUUCCAACACCUCCAACACUUCCUUGGACUGAGAAAGAUAUUAUAAUUUUGACGAAUGGAAUAUGUCAAUCAUCAUGUGCAAUGAUAACUCAAGGAUUAGCGGAAAUUAAUGUUCCCACCAUAUCUGUUGGUGGAUUUCCAAAUACUCGGUUUUCUUUCGCAGCAUGUUCUGGUGGUGCAGUAAAGUCUACUGAAUCUUUUCCAUAUUAUUUUAACCUACUUAAAAGUCUCAAUAGUUCAUUUAAUAGUUCAUUAAUUUCUAGUUUAUCGCUUCCUCGAACUUUAAAUUUGCAAUUUCCUAUAGUUAAAGCUUAUAGUGUUAAGAGUCCAGAUGAAAUUUUAGAUUUUUCUUUUAGACCAGCAGAUUAUCAAUUAUAUUAUGAUGAACGAAGGAAAAUUUGGUACGCAAUUUUUUCCGUUAUCAUCGCAGCAGGAGCAAGUACAAUUUUGGGUGUUCGAAUUAAUCAUACACACCUCUGUCCUGGCUCAGGACAAUCUGGCCUUGCGUUUAUAGACGGCACUAGACCACCAAAGAACAUAAUAACAAGUAAUAAGAUAAAUACUUUUGAAUUCAUUAUAAUUGUAAAUUUGAUAGAGGACAGGGAAUUAACUAUAAAAUUUAAAAAAGAGGCGAUUGCUGAGUUACAUUUAAAACUUUAUGAAAUCAUUGAUAAACAUUUAACCGAGUUUAAAAAAAAUGCUGCCGCAAUCUUCUAA